UUAGAUGGACAGCAGUAACAGUUUGAAUGAAAAUCUUGCAGACAAUGGAGGUACAAGAACAGCCUUGAAGGCACUCAAAAAGAAACUGGCCAAAACGAAGAACUCAGAAACUCAGUUCAAAUCAGAGCAGUUUACUACGGAUCAGAUGUUUUUUAUUGGGUUUGGAACGAUGUGGUGUAACAACGAAUCAUUAGAAUACCUGAAUCUACUGAAACAAACUUGCGAUACUAGCAGCAGUUGUCAUCCAAGAGCAAAGAUCCGUGUUAAUGGAGUUGUAUCUAACAUGGAGGACUUUGCUGAAGCUUUCAGCUGUCCAUUGGACAGUCCAAUGAACCCUUCAACCAAAUGCAAAUUGUGGUAAAAAGAAUUUAACACCUAUACGUGUAUUUAUUGUAUUGUACAUCUAACAGUGUAUUUACUUUUGGUGUCUAUUUAAGAAACGAUAAUCGUGUAAAUGUUAUAUAAACUUUAAUAAAAAGUAAUAGACCAAAA